AAAUUUCUCGCCGCUUGACUAAAUUUGACUCCACCUGUUUGCUUUGCACCAGGAAGCCGAAGCGAAGCAGCGGCGGCGACGGCGAGCCGGCGACGGGAGAGAUGGCGGAGCAAGGCGGCGGCGUCUGCUGGGCGUAUCUGCCGGCCGAGCUGGCGGAGCUCAUCGCCGCGGGGGGGGGGGGGGGUUCGUCGACGGACUACGUCCGGUUCCGGGCGGUGUGCUCGCCGUGGCGCGCCGCCGCGCCCUCCCCGCGGGGCCGCGGCGUGCUGGACCCUCGCCUCCACCCCGGCGCGCGGUGGAUGAUGUUCCCGGAGGGCUUCGGCCGCUUCCCGGGCCACCGCGCGCUCGCCGGCCACGCCCGCUUCCUCGACCUCUCCGCCUCCGCCGCCGCCGCACUCAUCCGCGUCCCCCUCCCGUUCCUCCGCGACCACUGCGUCCUCGACUCCCCAGACGGCCUCCUCCUCCUGCAGCGCGACGGGGACACCGCCAUCCGCCUCCUUCACCCCUUCACCGGCGACAUCGCCGAGUUCCCCCCGCCUCGAUUCCCUCGCCCACCAGCUCCUCCACCUGGACUUCGACCCCACCGUCGAUCCGAUGUACAUCUUCACCGGCUGGAUUUACAACACCUCCGCUACCCGAUUCUCACACCAGAUCCGCAAGAUCUGCGCCGCCGUCGAUGUCGCCGAUGAGGGGAUUGUUACCGUGAUGCUCGCUGUCGAAAAGAUUGGGCGCGUGGCGUUCGCGGCGGCCGGCGACGACGAUUGGGUCAUCAGCACAUGGAAGGAGAACCAAUUGGACAAUGCAUUGUCAUUCCAGGGGGGAAGCUGUAUGUGGUGAAUUGCAGGGAUGGGCUGAUUCAUGCCUCGGUGAUCGAUCCGCCGCGACGGCGGCGGCGUGAGGGGGAGGAAUCGGUGGCGCAGCCGCCGGUGCCUCCUCCAAGGAGGAUCGCGACAUGUUCGAGCGAGGAGAUCCACCUGCCUUCUCUAGUGGAAUUGGACUCCGAGCUCAUGCUGGUCGGCUACAAUGGCAGCUCCCUCUCGCGCAUUUUGGUUCUCAGGCUUGCUGAUCUUGCCAUGGGUAUGAUUGUGCCAGUGGCGAACAUUGGUGACCAUGUCCUCUUCAUCGGUGCGCGGAGCCUGUGCGUCUCGCCUGGCUGGUUACCGUCCAUUCGUGGCAACUCCAUUGUGUGCUUCCAUGCCGGAGAGAACUACCUUGCUCAGUACCAUCUUGGCACCGGCUCUUGGUCACCGGCAAGUGAUGGACAGCUGAUGCUUAGCCCUCCAUCGCGCCCGUGUAGCCUCAUCCAUCACAUCUUCACCUGUUGCUAUCGCCAAUUCUGGGUACUAUGAAAUACGAAAUCUGCACUUCUAAGUUCAUUUUCGG